UGUUAGAUUUCCGAGUGAGACUAAGGCCGAAGUCAAGCCGUUUUGAAGAGUUUUCACAUCCGUCGCCCUCUUUCUAAUUAUCACCAUCUGUGGGAAAGGACUUCCUUAUCAUUCAAAAUGAGUAUCUUAGCUCUGAAAGAAGAUCGGCCAACGCCAAAAUGUGUCUACAACUUCCGAGUGUACAUCAGCGCUGCAGUAGCUGCCUUUUGCGCUGUUAUGAUUGGCUAUGACAGUGCAUUCAUUGGUGGCACUUUGGCCUUGCAAUCAUUUAAAAACGAAUUCGACUGGGCGAAAUACACAACAGAUGAAGCCGAUUUGAUUUCAGAGAAUAUCGUGUCUGUUUAUCAAGCGGGUGCUUUCUUUGGAGCCUUCUUCGCCUAUGCAGCUGGUCACUACCUUGGACGAAAGAAGGGUCUUCAAAUCUUCUCUGGCGUUUUUAUUCUUGGAGCUGGACUCAUGCUUGGUACGAAUGGGAAGCGGGGUCUUGGCCUUCUUUAUGCGGGACGAGUACUUGCAGGAAUCGGAGUUGGUGGUGCUUCGAAUUUGACUCCAAUUUAUAUCUCAGAGUUGGCACCACCUGCCAUUCGUGGAAGAUUGGUCGGUCUUUAUGAAAUGGGUUGGCAGAUUGGAGGCGUGGUGGGGUUUUGGAUCAAUUAUGCAGUCUCGGAAACGAUGCCAGAGUCCCAUGAACAAUGGAUCAUUCCUUUCGCAAUUCAACUCAUUCCAGCGGGCCUCAUGUUUAUUGGACUAUUCUUCAUCAAAGAAUCUCCAAGAUGGCUUUUUACUCGAGGUCAGCGUGCCAAGGGCUUACAGAAUCUUUGCUGGAUUCGCAAACUCUCGCAGGACGAUAUGUACAUGCUUGAAGAAGUAUCUGCGAUUGAUGCUGCUUCGGAACAUCAGCAUGCUACAGUUGGACUUGGUUUCUGGCAGCCAUUCCAGGCCCUUUGGCACGACAGCAAAGUAUCUUAUCGAUUCUUCCUCGGAUGCUCUCUCUUUUUCUGGCAGAAUACAUCCGGCAUCAAUGCCAUAAAUUACUACUCCCCAACCGUCUUCAAGUCUAUCGGCGUUACAGGAACUAAUACCAGUCUUCUUACCACCGGAGUCUUUGGUGUUGUCAAGGCUAUUGUAACAAUCAUCUGGCUCUUCUUCCUUAUCGACAACCUUGGUCGUCGAAACCUCCUCAUGUAUGGAGCUUUUGGAGGAGCAAUCUGUCUCUACUACGUCGGAGCAUACAUCGCGAUCGCAGACCCAGCAAAUCAUCCAUCUGCAUCAGGUCAAUUAUCAUCUGGAGGUAUCUCGGCCAUGGCUUUCUUCUACUUAUGGACGAUCUUUUAUACGCCUUCUUGGAACGGAACACCCUGGGUUUACAACUCCGAGAUGUUUCCCCAGAAUGUCCGUACACUCGGUCAAGCAUUCGCAGCAGCCUCAAACUGGCUUUUCAAUUUCCUCGUCGCACGAUUCACAGCUCAGAUGUUCACCGCUAUGGGCUACGGCGUCUACCUCUUUUUCGCUAGCUUGAUGAUCCUUUCCAUUGUAUUUGUAUUCUUCCUCUUACCUGAGACAAAGGGAAUCCCUCUUGAGAGCAUGGACAGAUUAUUCUCGAAGGAGUUGGCGCCCAGAAAUGCGCACGCGGUUGUGAUGAUGGAGUUGAGGUCUGAUGAGGAGAGCUUCAGGAGGAAUGUCGAGGGGAGCGGAAUUGGGUUGGAUAAGGAUGAGUUUGGGGAGAAGAGUGCACACGUCGAGGCAGUGUAGAGAUGAUGCGAUUUGUAUUAUGGAUAUGAUGAGACGAUUUUCGGUUCCAGAUUUAGACAUUUUAGACAUUAGAGGAAGAAGACAAGG